UAUCUCCCAUCUUUUCUUCUUCUCCAACUUCAAUUUUUUUUUUCAACACUAAAAACAUCAUUGACAUGGGAAACUGUUUGAGGAAAAGCAAGAUAUCAGCACAGGUUCAUGAGAAGGUAAAGGUAGUUCCAACAAUGUCCAAGUUGGAAGCAGCAGAGAUGGAAGAAAGGAUGAAGAAGAAGGUGAGGUUGAUGGUGAAAAAUGGUGGAAGUUGUAAAAGUGGGGGUUUGAGGAUUAGGGUUGUGAUGAGUCAGGAAGAGUUGAAGAAGAUGCUGAGUCAGCAGCAGAGUACUUCAAUGGAGCAAUUGCUGCAUGCUGUGAAGUUGAGAGGUGGAAGAAUUUCAGAAGUUGGUGAUGAUUGUUUUGAUGAUGAUGAGAGAAUCGGUUCUUGGAAGCCAUCUUUAGACAGUAUUCCAGAAGAUUCAUAUUCAUCGGUUUGAAGUAGUGUUUUUGGUUAGAAAUCUCAACAAUCUGUAAACAAUGACACUUCUUUUGUUAUAUUUUGAUGUAUUCAACAUCAAUGAUGUGUAGUUUCAAUGUUAGUGUUACUUAGAGAUUAGAAAUUCAGUUUAUAAUAGCUUGUGAUUUUGAUGGCUUUGUUCGUGAAAACGAUAACUUUUGUUCAUUAAGAAAUAUGAACUAACUAUAUUAUAAAAUUUUCUAUUUUUAAGA